UUCGCUUCAAAUCAUCUCACACACACACCUAGAGAGAGAAAGAGGAGAGAGAGAGAGAGAGAGAGCGAGAGAGAGAGAGAGAGAGAGCGCUUUUCCCCAUCGCACAUCGAACUCCUCGUUCUCUCUCCGAUCGAUUCGGGUUAGGGGUUGGUGAUGGCUUCGAAGAGGAUUCUGAAGGAGUUGAAGGAUCUGCAGAAGGAUCCCCCCACCUCAUGCAGCGCAGGCCCUGUUGGGGAGGAUAUGUUCCAUUGGCAAGCAACCAUUAUGGGGCCUGCUGAUAGCCCCUUUGCGGGUGGCGUAUUUUUGGUAAAUAUUCACUUCCCGCCGGAUUAUCCUUUCAAGCCACCAAAGGUCUCGUUCCGCACCAAGGUUUUUCAUCCGAACAUCAACAGCAAUGGUAGCAUUUGCCUUGACAUACUCAAGGAACAGUGGAGCCCUGCUCUGACUAUUUCCAAGGUGCUGUUAUCGAUCUGCUCGCUUCUCACGGACCCUAACCCUGACGACCCGCUGGUGCCGGAGAUAGCUCACAUGUACAAGACCGACCGAGCCAAGUACGAGUCCACGGCCCGAGCCUGGACCCAGAAGUAUGCCAUGGGCUAGGAGAAGCAGCAGCUCCUCGGCGGAUUAUAUUGUGAGCCCCAACCUUUUAUUUGCCUAAAUAAGUACAAACUCAUCUAAAUGGAAACACUUCUUCUAAAUCUACCUUCCUCGGUUGCAUGCAAUAUGAUUUCAUGGUCCUCGUUAAGCUUCGAGUCUUUCAGUAUCGUAGUCUGUAUUAUAUAUCUGAAUCCGAAUGGCCCCUUCAACUGAGCUGCCGGAGAACUUUGGUCAUCAUACCUUUUUAUCUGCAGUGUUUCGAUCUCUUAUAAUUGUAGUAAUAGAGUUAUUUCCGUUAUUCGUGAAUUGCA